UAAUCGCAUGACUAUUAUUUAGAGUAGACUUUAUUUAUUUAUUACUAUAAAUCCUUUAACGGUCACCAACAAAGACAAACACUAGCUCCACCACCUUUCGACCUCAGUCUCUGCAUUAACGGUCACAUUUCUUACACCAUCUCUUACAUCCGUCACAGUUUUUUUAGUUCUUUAUCUCUCUCUCUAGGACCCUUCCUCUCUUCAGCUGUAAUAAUUUUGCUCCAUUUCUGGGUCUCACUCUUUUUUUUUUCUUCUCUGCAAUGGAACCUGAAAAAAUAGAUUGGAAGAGAAUAGAUUCUGUCUUUGUAGAAGAUAGAUUGUAUGAGAACGUAAAUGCACCCAAAUGGUUUGAUUUCUUUGCUCCUGAAGAUUCCAUAGAUGAUGAAGCCUGGUUUUGCAGACCUGAUUGUAACCACCCAAAGACAGCUGAGGAUUUCUUUAAAACCACACCAACUUCUAAGUUUUCAAGCUCAGGUGAUAAAGCUAGAAGUAGAACCCCUCUCAGCGAGAAGAAUCAAAGAGAUGCAAAAUCGAAGAGAAGGGGGCAAAGUCAGUCUUCAUUUACAUCAUACAAUUACAAAGCUAAUUUCAAUCAGGAUAGCGAAAAUCGGAAUCCAAAUUUAUCAACACCAACAAAUCACCAUGAGUCUACGAAAGAAAUGAUCAAAUCAAGCAGCUGUGAGAAUAAUAAACCUAUGGAUGAUGUACCACAAGCCAGGGAGGCACCAAGGCUAAAAAGCACUUUAUCGGCUAGGAAUUUGUUUGCCGGGAAAGAUAAACUAGGUCAUAUUACUGAGUUUUGCAGUGAAUUGAAGAAGAUGGCGACAAGAGCGUGGGAAAAAGAGAGUUUGAAUGAGAGGGAGAGUCAAGUGGGGGAGAAGAAAGAUGGGCUGUUCGUGAGUGAGGGUUCUAGAGAGGUUUUAAGAGAGUUGAAUGUGAAGGUGAAAGAGAGCAAACCACUGCUUGAAAAGGAUGGAGAGAAAUCCGGAGGAAAUGAGAAAGGAAGUGUCAAAGAGAAGCAAUGGAAGAAGAAAAGAGAUGAUGAUGCAGAAAACAUACCGGUCCCUUUGAAUUUGGCAAAUGUGAAGAUCAAAGGAGAGGAGCGGUUGUUGCAAAUUAGGACCAAUCCGCCUUCACCUCAAUGCUUUUCUGCCAAUCGUGCACCCACCAAAACUACUACCCCUUCAAAGGCUUCCAGGUCCAGGCUUACGGUAAGGGGAAUGCUUGAAGAAUUGAAGGAUAGGGAGAUCACAAAGGAGGAAACUGAGGGCAAAGGCAGAAGUUUUUUAGCUGCCGAUGGAAGAGAAUCAAGAGUUUUGGAUGUUUUCUGGUUCCUAAAGCCCUGCACGCACUCCAGCUGAAAGGUGGAACCCCCGCUCCCUCUCCAGCGAAUCCAAAAUUCAUUGUUUUAAAGAUUUUUUUUCUUUUAGCCCAGCUGAAACUCGUCAUUACACCUUGUUUUUCUGUUAUCCAUACAUCAACACCUCACAUUCUUUAAUUCUUGUUCCUUGGUUAAUCUGAUUCAUUCGAUGUCAACAAGAGAAAACUGUAUGAAGCGAAUUCAAACUCAUUAUAGCCAAUAAAAUUUGUAUUUUUGAACUCCAAAGACAUACGAGUGAUGCAAAACGCACUAUUGGUUCGUAUUAUUUGGGGUUGUUGCUCUUCCAUGGCUAUGCUUACCAAGAUGACUUAUUUUGUUUUAUCCAUCAAGAAAGAAGGGUAUAAACACCAAGCAGCAGAUUGACGCAUUUUUUUUUUUUACAUAUGAAGACAGAAGAACUUCACAAAUGUUACACGGCUGAACAAUAAUUCAAUGAUCAGUCCCACGAGUUGUAUGUCUUUCAAACUAGCAUGAGAACAAAAAAGAUGAAACAACGACACAUAAAAGCACCAUUCCUUGUUGGUGGUUGGUUAAGCUUGAGCACCGGAUUUGCUGAAAACUUCACAUUUUGGAAAGGAUGGACACUGAUGGGUUUUUUUUUUAUCUUCGGAGGCAGCAUUCAUAGGACACAUAUAUACUGUUUCUUAUAUCGUCAUCAAUCACAGUGUGUCCAUUGCAAAGAAUCAGCUGGGAGUCCUUUGUGUCAUCUCAAAUCAUGCCUAACCACCUCGCCUGUGAAAAUCUUUCGGUGCUAAGGUCUUUCUGUAUGUGUCUCUUCCUUGCGUAUAUACUACGAGUUUAACUCUUGAACAUGAUCGACUACACAGUUAGCAAUAAUGGCUAAACGCCAAACCUUGCCAUCCGAUUUUAGACAUACCGAUGUACAUGUUGCCGUGUUUUUUGUCCUAACAAAAAAGAAACCCACUGGCAUCAAUGGCGUUAUCUCUUUGUUUUUCGUCUUCGCUUCUGUUUUGGAUGGAUUACAAAUAUAACUUACAUGCUAACCAGUAACCACUCCCAUAUUCAUUUGAUAUCUGGUUCUUCGUCUCCCAAAACAUUAUUGUGUUCUAUCUUUAUCCCAAUUCCCAGUUUCGAUGAUUUUAUAAUGGGAAAGAAGAUGUCUCCCUUUUUAUCCCCUCCUUGGGGAAUUAAUGUGCUUGCAAAUGACUUUCCUUUUCUUCUUCUUUUUAGCAAGAGUCAGAUGAAAAGUUUUGAAAAAUUAACAAAGAUUGCCUAGAAAACAAACCCAAAAUCCCGAAUUCUGCUUCAUGUUGACUGAUAACAAAAAGCAAACCCCAUCUCCAAAACCUUAAUCUUCACAUGGACAAGGAACCCAAGAAGAGAGAAAACCAUCCUUUAUUUACUCUUAAUUUAUAUAGCAUCCUUAUAACAACCCUCAAGCUUUUCUCUAUGAUUCGUAAUCCCGCACAAAAUCAUAAACACAUCCAACAAAAUUAAAAUUAAAGUAACAACAACUUAUUGCAAUCUACAUCAGUUCUAAGACCAUAAAAAUAAAGCAGAUAAGAAGAAGAAGAAUGUACAUGAACAUCCUCUUCUACCCUAACCUGAAAUUGCAAAGCAAGAUAUCCAAGAACCUAGACCACGCGUGCCUUGCACGAGGAUAGAGUCUCGUGGUAUAAACACUUGACUCCCUUAACAGACCUUCCAUGGUUUCCACAAAGAGAUUCAAGCUCCUCAUAGGUGGAAUGUACAAAGUCAAAGGCACCGCAGAGAAAGCCACCGUAAAGAAAAGCUGCAGCAUCUUAAAGCCCAAGCCACCAAAAAAGUUACUUU